AUAUGUCGUACAAAUAUUCAGAGCAGGUCAAUUUAUUUAUGCAGCGGUUAAGGAACACACGCUGCCCUCACAAUUUUUUAGAAUAUAUAUAUAUGUUGGGCUUCGAAAUGUGGAAGAAAUCUGGUUACUUGUAUUUUCUGCUAUGGAUUGGAUUAUGUGAGUGUUCAGUGAGGCAAAGAUAUGUUCGAGGAGACCAGGACAAUGCAAAUAAUUUAUACUUCCUUCGACGUGAAAUCCGACCACCUUCGCACUACCGAGUUCUUGACGUGUUCCGUGGAGAACCAAGGUCUCAUUUUCCUCGCCAGAAUGACGAUCCCGAGUGUGAAGUCGUAGAUCCACCUCCACCGCCCGUCCCCACGCCCAACAUCACCCUCUGGGACUUGCUGGAGGAUGGGAAGAACCAGCUCGAACUGAGUGACAAGUACACCGACGUCGUCCUCCUGAUGGGCAACACUGGUUCAGGGAAAUCCACCCUGACUCAUUUGACAGUAGGGAACGCGACAGGGCUGAGACUGGUCAUGAACCCCAGCGGUAAUUAUCUCAUCGUUGAUGACAAUGAUAAAAUUGGACACACCACGGCAUCUCGAACGCUCGUCCCGGAACUGGUCGUUGACAAGGACACGUCUCUCGCCAUCUACGACUGUCCCGGUUUCGACGACAACCGCGGUCCAGACACCGACAUCACUGCCAACUUCCUACUCAAAGCCGUGACAGACCAUGUUUCCAGCAUUUCCAUCGGUUUCGUCGUCAUCCACUCCUCCGUCUCUGGCACCAAUGACAAGACAGACUUUGACCGAAUGACGACCCAUGCAGUCAACCUGGUGAAGGACUUGACCCAUUAUGAGCCAGGAAUCGGGCUCAUAGUCUCCAAGGCGCCCAACUUCAACCCCAAUAACGGGAAGCCUAUCCCGGAUGAGGAAAUAUUGUCCGGCAUCGUGUCCUUCCUCAAAAUGUACAAAUCCGACCAGGAAGGAAAGCUCAACGACCUGCGUGUCGACCGAAAUUUAAUCCGGCGGAAAAUUGCCUUUGUCGACAUUCUUCUUCAAGAGGGCAGAAUCGGGUUCAUGAGGCUGGCCGCCAGAUGCGGUCGCUUGAGCGAUGACCCCGUCGCCAUGGCAACGAGAGCAACCUUGCAGAAACUACUCUCCAAAAAUUUGACCCUCGUCCAAUCCCAACCGAACGACUUUGGCUGGGCCCUCACUGGCAACACCCUCCUCAAAGUGAACGACUACGUGGAACAAAUCAACAAAAAUAUCUCUUCCCUCGGGAACACCCUAUUCCCCAAAGUUAGGAGAAUUCAAGGUGAAAGGAUGACAACAAUUUCAACCUUCAAUGAAACUCGUCACUUCAUCCACGCAGAAUUUGCACAAUUUUCCACUGCAUUGAAACUGAUUGAUCAGAACGCGACCAUUUCAUCUUCCCCGAAGCUGCUGGCUCAGGAAAUUCGACGCGUCCUACUCGACAGAGGUUACGACUCCCAGCUUGGAAACGACUACUACAACGCGCUUCACCAACUGGACGAGUAUCUCGAUUUCUUUGAGGACAUGGCCAAAAAUCCCAUCCAUCGUGACGUCCAAAGCUGGCUGAAACCGAUGAGAACCUUUGUUGACGACGAGACUGGCAAAAGGAACGAAUGGUACGAUUUCCUCGACUCCCUCCAAACGAAAUUGGGUGAAUACAGCUUCCAAAACGAGAAACCCAACAUUCUUGUUCCCACACAGCCAAACAUGGACUGGAUUCAUGACUCCCUAGGGAUUCCCGUGUCGUCUAGAAUUCGUGAAAUAUUCUCCACAAAGGACCUCCUCACUCAGGAGGACACCGAUCUGAUGAAAGUCAUCAUUGACAUCGCGAUGGAGCGAUCAUCCGUCGACUGCGUGGGUCAGGACACACUGAUCGUCCGUGGCGGCUACGUCCUCGCCUCAGAGUUCACCACUUCUGCCGGAAACUACGUCAAAUGCAGCGACCCAAAAGAUGUCCAAAUCUUUGCAACACAAGUCCUCUUCAUGAACCGAAAAAUCCAGCCAAACUCCUCCCAGAAAAAUCAUCAACUCUCCAUCAUUGCGCCAUUCACUGAAAUCACAACCACCGACCAAUUGUCCAUCAAUCUGGAUGGACGCAAUGGGGGAAAGAAUGGCGAUGUUGGCAUGCCAGGCGAGGCUGGAGGAAGCUUUUUCGCUGUUACGGGAGCAUUGUGGAAAGCUGCGAACAACAAGUUGAUUGUCUCAGCAAACGGAGGAAACGGUGGGGACGGAUCGGCAGGAAGCAGGGGGAGAGAAGGGUCAAAGGGAAGCACAAACAGUUUCAGCGACUGGCCGACCGCUUGUUUUUGGGUUCCGCCAACGUACUUUGACGAUGUCGAAGGAAGAGGGAUAUACAACUUCCACGUGAAAAAGUUUGGCUCUGGGGGUGGGAAUGGUGGCGACGGGAGCGAUGGUGGUGCUGGCGGUGGACCUGGAUUCGGGGGAAAAGUCGAGAUUCUCCAGAUUGAUAAAACCUUCCCAACAACAUCUGUACCGCAAUCGGCCGCCUCUGGAAAAAGGGGAAAUGACGGAGAAGGUGGUCCAGGGGGCGAGGGGGGUCAAACCGGGGAUGGGAUGGAGGCGGACGUGACCACUAAUAUUAUUGGAUGCAUUGGAGGAGGCUACUCGGACCUGAAGUCCGUCUCUGGAUCGAACUGGCCACAGCGGAAAGGUCAAAAUGGAGGGAGUGGGAGACGCGGGGGCAACACGAGUGGGCAGAGAGAUCCUCAAAGGCCGGAAUUUUCCUUGGUCAAGUCCAAGUUUGUUGACGAGUAUAAAAGUUUUGCGAGAUCAAAAGAACUUGCAAAGUUUCCCAUCAAUUUCAUAACUGUGUUGGAAGAAAGUGAAGAAAUUAGGGAUCUUUGAAUCAAUUCGCUUUACUAAAUAUACACGUAGCAUUAUUACCGUAAGUAAAGGAACCAAUAACUAAUUGGUCACACUAUUUUCCCCUAUUUCAAAUACAAGCUACAUAGAUAUUUUAUCCGUUCUCAUUAUCCGUUUUAUAUUCUUAAGUAAAUUAUGCAUCUAAAAUCUACAUGUGUAUUUAUCCUUAGCAAAAAUUUUCUUUUAUCUGCUCUUUGCGUACCGAUUGAUUUGAAAUUUCAGGUUUUUAUUACAAUUUAUAUUUGUCACUAUUUAGCUUAAAUGACUCCCACAGGUCAAUAUGGUCGCUAAUCCUAAGUUGAUUGUCUAAAAUAUAUUUUGAAACUUUGCUUUUAUUCAAAAUUUAUUUCACAUUGUUAAUAAAUAUCAUUUUCAAUUAAUAAAACUUGAUUUCAUGCA